AGCCCCAAUCUAAUCCAGCUCUCUUUAUAUAUUAAUCCAUUUAUCUCAUAAAAAGAAGCACUGUUCCCACUCCCUGCACAUAAGCUUCUCAAUUUCACAAAGAAUCAGAUCGCUUCAUCUUGAUUCACCCUUUAUUAUUUAACCUCUUAUAAAACAUAUAUGGAAGAGGGAAACAAAACGGGGAAGAAAGGAUGCUUCUGCGUUACAAUAACUGUUUGCAUUGUUUUGAUCGUGGGCUUAGAUAUCGUCGCUGGUUAUGUCGGAUUACAAGCCGAAGUCGCCCAACAAGAUGUGAAGCACAAUAGGGUGUGGAUGGUCGAGUGUAAAGCUCCAAGCAACACAGCUUUCACGUUAGGGAUAAUCGCAGUGUCAUGUUUGGCAGCAGCUCAUGUCAUUGCCAAUGUGAUCGGAUGCUCUAUCUCCAGUCUACUCCCAACAGUCGGCGGCGUAACUAAAACGAUCACCGCAAACUUAUACAUAAUAUGCCUUGGUCUCAAUUGGCUCGCAGGACUCGCUGCAGCGGGGGCACUUGCGAUGGGGAUAUGGUCCAACAGAGAGUCAAGAACAGAGUGUGGAUUCACAAACAAGCAUUAUCUCUCUAUCGGAUCCUACCUGAGUUUCGUCCAUGCCUUUGUCUCUGUCGUUUAUUACGUAUCGUCUAUUGUAGCUUAAAAAAGUCGCCGUUGAUUUGUGAAAUGUUCGUAUAUUCAUAGACUUUCUCAAUUCCGCUUCUUUUGUAAAGAAAUCGUUAUCUCUUUCUUGUUUCAUAAUAGCUCAUGUAACAAAGAUAACUGAAGCUAGAUAACUUAACUAAGAUGUUCAGAA